UGGUGUACUGAUCACUUGACUAAUCAAAAAUAGAUCUGAAAUUAACGUAAAGGUCGGGAUUAGGUCUCAUGAAAGUCUGAAAUAUUUCGAAAUGGGACGCGUCCGAAAGGAUUCAAGCCGCUGUUCUAAUCACGACGCUGCAACAAGGAAAAAGUGUCAAAGAGGCGAAGGAUACAAUUAAAUUACUAUUUGAACGCGUGUCAAACAAGGUAAAGGAGGAAGUGAACCAAACUCUCGCCUCGUCAGUGUUUGGUUCACUUUAUAUCAGACCAGUAGCUGCCGCAGGCUCCCACGGACACCACGGUUUGUGCUCCUAUUUGCAGAUGAGAGAGCAGUGCGAGAGAGCAGUAUGGACAGUGGGCAUUAGACGAGCGUAGGCUGCGUGGCUCACUAAAACAAACUCAUUGCCUCUAUUGUCUAAAAAAACCCGGUCGUCUUGAAAAUGGGGCAUCCUCCUCUGGAGUUUAAUGAAUGCUAUCUGGACAGUCCGGACUUCAGGGAGACUCUGAAGUGUUAUGAAGUGGAACUGGAGAGGACCGGCAAAUUUCUCAAAGAGUUGAUAAAAGAUGGCAACAGUGUGAUCACUGCAAUCAAGGGUUAUUCUCUGGCAGUGCAGAAGUUUUCCCAGACUCUCGGAGAUUUCCAGUUUGAAUUCAUCGGGGAUUCCCUGACUGACGAUGAGAUCAACAUCGCGGAGUCGUUUCAGGAGUUUGCAGGACUACUGCAGGAAGUGGAGCACGACAGGAUGAUGCUGGUUCAGAAUGCCUCUGAUCUGCUCAUCAAGCCCUUGGAAAAGUUCAGAAAGGAGCAAUUGGGAGUCACAAAAGAGAAGAGGAAGAGGUUUGAGAAAGACAGUGAAAAGUAUUACUCCCAGGUGGACAAACACCUGAGUCUGUCCUGCAAGAAGAAAGAGAGUCAACUGCAUGAGGCUGAUGAACUCCUGGACAAAGAGCGAGUGAACUUCUAUGAAUCGUCGGUGGAGUACGUGUAUCAGAUCCAUCAGGUUCAGGACAGGAAGAAGUUUGAUGUGGUGGAGCCGGUGCUGGCUUUCCUUCACAGCAUUUUGACGCUCAACAACCUGACAGUGGAGAUGACUCAGGACUUUAUGCCUUACAAGCAAGAACUGCAGCUCAGCUUGCAGAAUACAAGAAACAACUACGAGAGCACUCGGGAGGAGAUGGAGGAGCUGAUGAAGAGGAUGAAACACCCGUCCCAGAUCUGUAAAAUGCACAGUCAACCCAUGGAGGGUUAUCUAUACUGUCAGGAGAAGUGGGCUUUGGGUGUGUCAUGGGUUAAAUAUUAUUGCAAGUAUCUCAAGGAGGGGAGGCUGCUGUUCAUGGUGCCCUGCGAGCAGAAGCCCACAGCUAAACAGGGCCCCACGCAGCUAACGAUGAAAUCCUGCAUCCGCCGGAAAACCGAGUCCAUCGACAAGCGCUUCUGCUUUGACGUGGAAACAAAUGAGAGAAACGCUCCAGUCACAUUCCAGGCUCUUUCUGACGGAGAGAGGAAGUUGUGGAUGGAGGCCAUGGAUGGAAAAGAGCCUAUCUAUCAUUCCCCAAUCCACAAGCAAGCGGAAAUGGAACUGAACGAAAUUGGAUUUAAGUUUGUGCGAAAGUGCAUCAACUACAUCGAAACGAAAGGAGUCGAUCAAGAAGGAGUGUACAGAACAGUUGGCAGCAAUAUCCAAGUGCAGAAGCUUUUAAACGCUUUCUUUGACCCUACAAACCCAGGAGACGUGGAUCUGCAAAGCAGUGACUGUGACAUUAAAACCAUCACAAGUGCUCUUAAGUUUUAUCUGAGGAGCUUGUCCGAACCUUUGAUGACCUACGGUCUACACAGAGACCUCAUGUGUGCUGCAAAGUCGGACAAUCUGGACUUUCGGCUGAGUGAAAUUCAUAUUCUAACCUACAAACUACCGGAGAAGAAUCGGGAGAUGUUAGAGAUGCUCAUUAAACACUUGGUCAAUGUGUGUAGUCACAGUGAAGAAAACCUGAUGAUUCCUUCAAACAUGGCUGUGAUCUUUGGACCCACACUAAUGAGAGCAAAGGAGGAGACUGUGGCGGCCAUGUUGGAUAUCAAGUUCCAAAAUAUUGUCGUUGAGAUCCUGAUUGAAGACUACAAAAAGAUCUUCAGUAAUGUUCCAGAGGACAGCACCGCCCCGCCCGUCCCUCCCCCGCGGAUCACCCCGAGAAAGCGGCAGCCCAUCACAAUCUCCAAGCGGCCACCUCGUGUUUAUCAAGCGCUUAGUCACCACCUCCAGCACACAGAGAAUGGACAGAACAACAGCCCUGUCUUGGACGGGGACAUCUCAGCAUGUCCAGUUCCCCUACAGCGGACAAAACCUGUAAGCAGUGCUCCGCUCGUUCCAAGAGAACCUCCUCCAAGACAAGCGUUAUUGCCCAGAACAGCUAGCCGUAAGGACAGACAACCAGACUCCGACCUUGGCAAGACAGACAAUGCGAGGCAAAGGCCAGAUACUUCUUCUACAGCUGCAAACGGGGAGUCUGGAGUUUAUGUCAGCAGAGUGCCGUCCUUUCAGGGCCGGAAACCUCCUCCUAAAACUACACCAGCCAACAGAGAAGGUGACUCUGAAGGCUUGACCAGAACAAGGUCCUCAGAGAAACAUGCAAUAUGUAGACCCCCAGUGAGGCCUCCUGAGCCCCCCUCCCGAUACCCUGCUCCACAGAAGCCCCCAAGUGCAGCCAGCAGUGAGGGCACAAACACAUCCUAUGUUGCCUCCAAAACCAAAUUUUUUGAGAAUGCCUCCAGACAAGUUGGCAGUCCACCAGCCUCUCCGCCGCCAUCAACAGCGAGAAAAGAGAAUUGAAGUUUACGGAGGCUACAUCCGUUGUGACUGCCGCAAGUGACUCAAGAGUGUGCAUCAAGUGAGAGGGAGUCACUGCAAACCAGUGAAUAAAUAAAUCAGAUGGACUGAAGAGAUGCUCCAUAGAAGUCAAUGGAUGUAUUUGGUCCCAUCUGAUUCUAAAACUGUUGUUCGAUGUCAGCACAACAGCAAAUCGACUUCUGAAUGACGUCUCAAAGCAAUUACUUUAUUUUUGAUCCUUACUACAAAGUAAGGAUGGAGAAAAGAACUGUUUCCCUGCUUAUUUAAAUCAUCAGUUUUAAAAAGUAUCUUAGUUACUGUGUGCCCACCUAAUGCUCUUAUUUAGCAUUAUUAAAUAGAUCUACCAUACAACACUAAUUUUAUCAUUAUUAUUUGAUCAUUAUAAAUCUGAAUAUGUUUUACAUUAGACUAAGUAUCAAAAUGCACCGAGUACUGAUCUGCCAUCGAACUGGAUCUAACUACCGGUACAUGGAAACGAUCUUGUUUGUCAUGAAGAAUAUGUCGAUAAAGAGUUGAACCAUGAAUGUGAGAUUCAAUGAGACCUAAAGUGUGAUUCAAUCAUACCGUCCCUUUUUAAGAGGCAUUACAAAAAAAAGUAUUUUACCUCCAAGUAUCAACCAGUCAAUGUAUUUGAAUCCAUUUAAUAGUAAUAUUAAUAAUGCCAUUGCUAAUUUUAUAGUUCAUUUGUAUUAAUGAGAAAGAGAUUCACUACAUUCCCAUAUUUCCAGCCUUGUCGGUCAAUUUGUUUUUACCUUUUGUUGGUUGGUUGGGUCAUACAGGUUGGUCUUGAAAGUAUUGAUGAAUUGCUGGGAUUACAGAGCAAAAGUAAUUGUUACAAUGUUUGAAAAUAACACUCCAGAUUUGUUAUGUCUUUGUUUUUAAAUCUAAUUGAUCUUUAUGUAAAUGUUACACUUGUUUUAUUUUUCUGGUAACCCAUUUUCUUGAUGUUUUAUGCUUGGAUUUGUUUGCGAAAAGAGAAAAUAAACCUUGAGGUUUCA